CGUAGAAGCGUCUCGCUUCGCCGUAUGUCGCUUCCUUUUCCGUUUGGGUCUGAAGAAGGUUCGUGGUAUUUUCGUAUAAUUUGUAACAUCCACGCUACGCGUUUCAAUCAGCCAAGAUGGUGCAGCGGCUAACCUAUCGGCGACGCCUGUCGUACAACACAAAGAGCAACAGAAGGCGCAUUGUUCGUACGCCGGGUGGCAAGUUAGUCUACCAAUAUCUGAAGAAACCCAAGAAGAUCCCAAGAUGUGGGCAGUGCAAGGACAAGCUCAGGGGUAUCCAGCCUGCGAGACCGAAGGAGCGUUCCCGUAUGUGUAGACGUAAGAAGACGGUCAAGCGCGUGUACGGCGGAGUCCUCUGUCACAAAUGCGUAAAAGAAAGGAUUGUCCGUGCGUUCUUGAUCGAGGAGCAGAAGAUCGUCUAUAAGGUUAUGAAAGCACAGCAGGCUUCGGCAAAAACGAAAAAGACAGAGAAGUAGUUCUGUGCUUUUCUUAUUAAUUAAAUAAAACUUCCGAAAAUUACACCUAUUGCUGAUACUAGUGUAAUGUCAUUCGUUGUACGAAACCAUAUUGACUUUGUCUGCGCACGAAUUCCACAACGUAUUUGCAUAGUAAGACACCUCUGUUGAUUAAGAAUCCUACAAAUAUAAGAAAAGUCCACAAAA